AUGUUGAUAUCAAAUUUAAUGGCAAGAGAAGAACUGGCAAAAUAAGUAUAGAAUAAUUUAAUAUGUUUGUAAUUUCUAUAAUUAAAAUUAGGAAUAAAUAUUUUUAAAUAUUUAGCAAUUAAAUUAAAUAUAUUUUAAAGGCAUCAUUAUGUGGUUAUGAAAUGGCAAUAAACUUAAAUCAGAAAUAUUUAAUAUCUAAUAAAUAAGAUUAAAUUUGUAAAUAAUUAAAAGAGGUUUUCAGAGAGAAUUCUAUAAAUAUAAAUUGUGAAUAUUAUAUGAAGGAUUAAUAUGAAAAAGUAGAAUAACAGAAAGCACUAGUCGAAUUAAAUGCUAUUAACAAUUAAAAUCAAUUCAAAGUAUCUUAAACUUAGUUAAUAAGGAAUCAAUCUAAAUGGUUCUUCAAGUAGAAGAUGAGAUUAAAGAUGAGAAUUUAAAAAAAUUUACGAUUCUCUUAUAAAAAGGAGAAUAGUAACCAAAUUAUGAUAUCUAUUCUUAAUGGUAUAAGUAUUUUUACCAUAAGUACAUUUUAUCUACAAUGCAGAAGUAUUUGGAUUAGAUCCAAGAAAAAGAGACUUUGAUGUUUAAAAGAAGAUUUAUAUUUUAGGUUUUUGGCUUUGAGUAAAAAAUUCAUGGGACUAGAAACUGAAUAUCCAAUUAAAGACUUCUUUACAUUAGAUCCAUUAUAUAUCAAAUAUAUAGAUUCUGAAACAGAUUUCUUAAAGCAAUAUAUAAGAUCAAAUCCAUAAUAAUAGUAAUAAUAGUAAUAAUAGUAUUAAAUGAUAGAUUAGAAUAGAAAUGA